GCUCGUUGAAGAUACGUACAUGCAGACCCUUCACACGCACAAGUCCGUCAUCGUAGUGGACAAUGCGGUCCGGCAAUGAAUGCAAUGCACCACACAAAGCGACAGAGAGGGCCAGCAACGAAUGCGACAGCAGCCCAGUCCAGCAUGCACAGCUUUUGAGAUCUGACACGUGCAUUGUCCGUGUGGAGACAUGAACGAAUCCUCACUGGUCGAUCAGCAAGCUGACAUUAGGUGCCUGCGGUAGAUACACACUGCCGGCAGGGGCCUGCGGCACCACCACGCUCCCUGCCGGUGCAGCAGGCAUCGCAGCACUCACGUUGGGCGCGCUCGGAAAGAACAUACUGUCGGCUGCUGUCGGCAUGGCCAUGCUGACAUUGGGCGCUUUCGGCAGGAACACACUGCCGGCAACAGCCGGCAUGGCUACCCCUGCGGCCGGUGCGGGCGGCAUGGCGACAGAGGCGCCAGGUGCGGGGGGCAUGACGAUGCUGCUCUCUAUCUCUCCCCACAGCUCGUCGGAUGAACUUUGGUUCCUCUCGGCGGCCUCAGUGUGCUUAUGGUGAAGUGCCGAUGCCGGUGGACCUGUGGCCGUCUGGCGCUCCAGCUCCUCCAUCAUUUCUUCCGUCAACAACCGCCUACACACACACACACACACACACAGAAAGAUGGAAGAGAGACACCCAUGCAAGACUAGCGCUCGUGUGAUGUGCUGACCAGUCGGUGAAUGGCUCUCCGGGAAUCAGCGUGUGAAAGAUAUGUUGACGAGCCUCGAUGUCCUCCUUGUCACCGUAGACGAUGGCGGUCUUGACCUUCUCCUCGCUGCUCACCGCACUGCAGUCCAGCCACCGGAGGUGCGGCAGCCGAUGAAUGACCUGCAUGCGGUACGCUGGCACAUUCUCUAUCGCCAUUGGGGUCAGGAACAAAUCGGUCAGCAAUGGUAGCUUCGCCAAUAGCUCCAGCUGUGCAUACACAUUUAAGGCGAUGACGGAGAGACAAAGGUGUCUCUGGCUGGCUCGUUGUCUAUUCUCGCUCACUUGGGCGGGAUGCGUGAAACGGUUGUUGCAGAGGUGCAGGGUGAUGAGUUGUGCGUGUUGGCUGCCAAGCCCCUCUACCGAGUCGAGCAUGUUGUCGCGGACAUUGAGCUCACGCAGCUUGGUCAGCCGGCAGACACCUCCCUUCCCCUCAGCUGCCCCGCCCUCAGCACCACCCGCCAGGCUGACCAGCUGGUUGCCGCUCACGUGCAGCUCCUCGAUGUUCAGAUCAUCCAAAUUGUCAACGUAACGCAGCUGGUUCUCUGCCAUUAAAUGACACGAGGGAGGGGAAGAUGCAAACGAGCCACGCACGCACGGACAGACAUUUGGUGGGUUCAUCCGUGGUCGCGUGCACCUGAGAGGUCGAGUGCUGUGAGGCCCUUGUUGGCGGCCAGGCCCUCAGAGAUGGCAGAGAUCAUAUUCCCGCGAAGAUUCAGCUCUCUGGACAGACACAGACAGAGAAGCCAUGAACCGCCAUACAUACAUACUGAGAGGCCGACCUGGCCACAUGUGUGUCGUUUGCUUUCCGUGUCUCUGUCUGUCACCUGAGGAAUCUGUGGCUGGAGAAGUCGCCAAUGGCCGUGAUGUAGUUAUAUGAGAGGUCGACCACCUCCAGCCGCUGUGAGAAAUGAAACCCGAUAGAGCGCCGCAACAUGUUGUGGCUCGCAUUGACGUGACGCAGACGUACAAGCGGAUACAGCGAGCAGAGCGACCUGAUGCCAACACGCCGCCCACGCGCAAGAGACGCGAGUCAGUCAGUCCAAAAGGCACACAGCCACCUGCCUUCCUGACGUACCCACCUGAGCCGAUUGUGCGAGACAUCGACGUACUGCAGGUUGAUGAAGGCCUCCAGGGGAUCGAUUGUCGUCAACCCCAUAUCACCAAGGUCAGCCUGAAAGCCACACAAACGAAGGAUAGUCGUGUAUGUGCAUGACUUACUGACUCCCCCCUUCCCCCACCUACCCACCCUGAGAUAGGCGUGCGAUCCGUCGGGUGUCGGUCCAAGCAGUGACAGCCGGGAUGGAAUGUCGGCCACGGUCAGCGGUGUCUCAUCGGCCUCCAUCACCACCAUUUCAUCCAAAUUCUUCAGACGGUCGAUCUGCAUGGAACAACGACAAAAGAAUUUAUGGGAGGGGGGGGGGGACUUGUGCGUAGAGACACUCUUUAGAACGGAGCUCACCCUCAGAAGGCCGGAUGUGCCAUCCACGGCAGACGGCGGCCGGCGGUCGAAGUCUCGCUGCAGCUGCUCUAGCCGCUGGUCCUCAAGUUCACGAGCCGCUAACCUGAUUAAUCAUCAUCGCACUAGCGAUCAGCGGCUUCCAUGACGGAUGUCCCUGUGUGUACGAUCCUACCUCUGUCUCUUCUCCUGCUCAAGUGCAUGUCGGUGUCCACGUGCCAGCUCUGCCAUCUUCCUGAGUACGUCCCCCAUAGUUGUCGCUGGUGUCAUGCCCCCACCGGCCGCAGGUGCCUCGCUCGGUGACACACAGCACUCCAGGUAUCCCUGUGCACCAAUCUCCCUCAGCAAGUGGCGAAUGGUCUCGUCGUCGGCUGGCUGACCCUUCGACAUAGCGGCGUGGGUGUCCACGAGCCUCACGAGCAUCACAGGGACCGUCAGCCCCAUUCCUCGCAGCAUAGGCACCCACUUGUCGCGAAUCCGGCAGUAGUCAACAGGCGAUGAGUGGAUGAAUGCUAGCGCCUCGGUGACUCUCAGGACAGGGUAGUUCUGCCUCCCCACUCUCCCACCCACGUCAAGGGCCGCCGCAGAGGCACCCUCUGACUCGACUCCUGCCUGCACCGAACGGGUUGCAUCUGACUCAGCGACCUCUUCUUCUCUCCACGCUCUGUAGUCGAACACUCUCACCGACACCGUCUCCUCCGCUUUGCCGUGAGCCGCCUGUGUGCCUCGGGAGGAGACUACCACAUCGGUCUUGAAUGAGGGAAGCGAUGAUUUGGACGUGAGCUGCUCGGGGACCUCGAUGGGCUGUGUGCGGUCGCGGCUCUUGGCGAAGGGAUGCAGGGGGAUGAGGGCUCUCGUCUGCGCUGACUGGACCUCCUCGCUCGACGCGAAGAAACACAGACGGUACUCGUCAUCAAACGACAUGCCGGCUGCCGCCGCCAGGGGGAAGCACGCCUGACAGACGCCUU